AUGGUCAACGCUUUUGUUAGACGCUUCCGCAAUGGGAUUCCAGCUCCUCAUUUACAGGCCAAAGGCACAGAGGAUGUCCAUGGUACGGAUGCAUGGUUGGACAAUGAUGAUAUUCGGCCUUUGAAGUUGGCGGAUCGUACUUGGAACAUGUGGACCUAUCUCACUUUCUGGUUUUCUGCGAAUGCUACGGUUUCCAACUGGUACGCCGCAGCAAGUGCACAAGCUGUUGGUCUCAGCAUGUGGGAAUCUCUUGGAUGUGCUACUGGUGGUCAGGCAUUGAUUGCGAUUGUCAUUGUGUGUAAUGGUCGUGCCGGAGCCAAAUACCACAUUGGUUACCCAAUCCUCAACAGGGCUUCAUUCGGUAUCUUUGGUGCUUGGUGGCCUACCUUCAAUCGCGCGGUAAUGGCAAUCGUCUGGAAUGGAGUCAACGCUGUUCAAGGAGCACAAUGUGUGUAUGUGAUGCUUCAUGCGCUGACGCCAAAGAUCGCUCACAUCAAGAACAUCAUGGGUGACGGCUCUGCUCUUGACUCGGGCGGCAUGAUUGGGUUCGUGGUAUUCUGGAUCUGUACCUGCUUCUUCCUCGUCAUUCCUGUUCCCAAGAUGAGGAGGUUAGUCUAUGCCAAACUAGUAGUCUUCAUCAUCUCAGCAACUGCUAUGUGCGCUUGGGCUCUUACGAAAGCAGGCGAGAUUGGAGAAAUUAUUCGCCAGCCAGGAAAGGCCACAGGCUCAGAGAGAGCCUGGCUCCUUGUCCGCUUCUUCUUUCUCGGAGCUGCAAACUGUGCGACUUUUGCAUCCAACGCUGCGGAUUUCCAACGAUACGCCACCAAACCCACUAAUGUUAUUCCCGGCAACUUACUCGGCUUCCCCCUCUCCAACCAGUUGAUCGUCUCCUUAGUAGGCAACCUCGUCGCAGCAGCCGGCAUGAAAGUAUACGGCGAACAGGUCUGGAGCCCGCUAGACUUCCUCGACAAGAUGCAAACAUCCUCCUACACACCCGGCAACCGCGCCGGCUGUUUCUUCAUAGCAGCCUGCUUCACAUACUCCGCCAUCUUCUCCUCGAUCUUCGAAAACUCCCUUCCAGCAGGAAACGACAUUGCGGCUCUCUUCCCCAAAUACCUUUCCAUCCGCAAGGGCUUCUUCAUCUGCGCCGUCAUCUCUUUCGCCAUAAACCCCUGGUACCUGCUCGGCUCCGCUAGCAUCUUCGUAUCAUUCCUCGCAUCGUACCAGAUAUUCCUCUCGGCCAUCACGGGCGUGCUGCUGUGCCAUUACUACAUCAUCGCACGAGGCUAUCUCGAGAUCGAAGAUCUGUAUACGGCGAGGAAAGACGGAGUGUAUCAUUAUUGGAGGGGCUGGAAUUGGCGUGCGUAUGUUGCGUAUGUGGUGGGCGUGGCGCCGAAUUUCUAUGGGUUUUUGAAUAACAUGGGUGUGCAUGCUCCGGGGGGUGUGACCAAGGCGUACUACUUUGCGUAUGAGAUUGGUCUUGUAGCAAGCUUUUUCACAUACUGGGCUGCGUGCUGGCUUAGUCCGCCUGCCUUGAUGGUUCCAUUGAAGGAGUGGAGGGAGCCUGUUGACUAUGUCAGGCCGGAGGAUUGUGUGGAGGUGGUGCUGGUUGAUGAUGUGGAGGGCUAUAGUGAGAGUGUUGGGGGUCAGAAGAGAGGAGUUGUGGGCGGCAAGGUCGAUCUUGUGUGA